AUGGGUGACGACAUUCCUCCUGCCAGGAGGUUUAAGACUGAGCUCACGGACUACGCCGUGGCUCACGAUGACGCACCCGGCCCGCACGCGCGAGACGCAGAGUACGAUGCGGUCAUUGUGGGCGCCGGCUUUGCCGGCAUCUUCAUGCUCAAGACGCUCCGCGACCGGGGCUACCGCGCCGUCAUCUUUGAGGCCGGCAAUGACCUGGGCGGGACGUGGCGGUGGAACUGCUACCCGGGCGCCAUGGUGGACUCGGAGAUGCCCGAGUACCAGUUCUCGUGGCCCGAGGUCUGGGAGACGUGGACCUGGCCGAGCAACUACCCUAACUACGAGGACCUUCGCGCCUACUUUGACCACGUCGACCGCGUCCUCAGCAUCAAGAAGGACUGCGCGUUCAAUACGGUUGUUGUGGGCGCCAAGUUCGACACGGCUGAGGGCAAGUGGACGGUGGACACCGAGGGCGGACGGCGGACCAAGACCAAGUUUUUGAUCCUCGGGACCGGCUUUGCCUCGCGCCGAUACAUCCCCGACUGGCCGGGCAUGGAUACCUUCAAAGGCGAAAUGCACCACUCGUCGUUCUGGCCCGACUCCAGCAUCCCCGUAGAAGGGAAGCGCUGCGCCAUCAUCGGCACCGGCGCCUCGGGCGUGCAGAUCGCGCAAGCCUGGGGCUCCCAGGCCGGCACGCUGACCGUGCUGCAGCGCACGCCCAACAUCGCCAUCCCGAUGCGCCUCCGUCCCCUGACACCGCAGGAGCAGGAGCCGCGCGACAAGCACUGGUACCGCGAGAUGUUCGCGCUGCGUGAGCGCACCUUUGCGGGCUUCGUCUACGACUGGGUCGAGCGCAACACCUUCGACGACCCGCCCGCCGUGAGGCAGGCCCUGCGCGAGGAGGCGUGGCGGCGCGGCGGGUUCCGCUUCUGGCUCAACCUGCACAAGGACGUGCUGUUCGACCCGGCGGCGAACCGCGAGGUGUACGACUUUUGGGCCGAGAAGACGCGCGGGCGCAUUCGCGAUCCCCGGAAGAGGGACCUGCUGGUGCCGAAGGAGCCGCCGCACUUCUUUGGCAUCAAGAGGCCUUGUCUAGAGCAUUGCUACUAUGAGCACUUCAAUCGCGACAACGUCGAUGUCGUGGAUAUAAGUAAGAAUGAGAUCAAGGAGUUUACCGAGACGGGUAUCCGCCUCGAGGACGGGUCGCAUCACGAGUUUGAUGUGAUUGCGCUGGCGACGGGUUUCGACAUUGCGACGGGAGGCAAGUUCAUGACACAGCUCGGCCUCGAAAGUAUCCACGGCACGACCCUCCGCGACGAGUGGCGCCCCGGCGCGCUCACGUACCUCGGCCUCACGGUCCCCGGCUACCCCAACAUGUUCCACCUCUACGGCGCGCACGGGCCGACGCUGCUCGCCAACGGGCCAUCGGCCGUCGAGGUACAAGGGCGUUGGAUCGCCGACUGCCUCGACAAGAUCCGGCGCGAGGGCUGGCGAUACGUCGACGCCAGGCCCGAGGCCGCACGCGCGUGGAAGGACCGCAUCGUCAGCUUCGCCAACACGAGCCUGGUCCCGACGACGAGGUCCACGUUCAUGGGGGGUUGCGUCCCAGGCAAGGUGAAGGAGCCCAUGUGCUUCAUGGAAGGGUUGCCGACCUACCGUGGCAUCAUCCGAGGCGCGCUCGAUUCGAUGGAGGGGUUUGAGGUGGUCAAGUAG